AUGUUCGCCCGAGCAGCUCUGCUUAUGGCCCUUGGCCUCAAGCCAUCAGCGGGUGACUGCCCAUCGUGGGGAAAGCCCUUUCCGAGCAACUUAGCGGGAUUGGACAAGAUUAGCUUCGCCAAUUUGUACGACGUGACCUACUACGACCAGUACAAGGUGGUCGAGUACACCGCUGCUGGGCGUCCGUACCAUGCAUCGUUUCAUCCUGAAACAUCGUUGAGGAACACCAGCGUCCCCCCCAUGGUUCUUUACCAGUGUGGCACCACGAAGCCUACCACAGGCAUGCCUGGCGUACCUUCGAAUGCCCGCUUCUUCGAGAUUCCGGUGAAGAACGUAACCGUCGGGUGGGGUGGCCCUCUUGCCUUCAUUGAAUUGCUGGGGGUGUCGCAGUCGAUCGACCUGGUCGACAUAAGCGCCAUCUCGUCCCCCUGCAUGCAGCUGUUGGAGGUCUGCUAUCCCGAAACCCACAUCCCAGAAAGCCUGCCGGAUUGGUCGGCCAACCCCGAGUGGAUGACCAGGGCAAGCCGCACGGAUGUCGUGUUCACAGACACCUUCGGAUCAGGUUGGGGCGGCGACGCCGCAAAGGACGUCCCCUUCGAGAUGUCCUUCGACCCCGGAAGCCUCAGCCGUGCCGAGUGGAUCAAGUUCAUGGCCCUCUUCUACAACGAGGAAGCACAGGCUGAGCAGAUCUUUGAACAGGUCAAGGCGGACUACAAUGCGCUCAAAGCCAUCGGGGACCAGCUCCGCACCGAUGCCAGCACCGAGUGGAAGGGUCAGCAGCCGAAGGUGAUGUUCGUGGGCCAGCGGGGAGGCUCUAAUGCCAUCACCAAUGCGGCCUACAAGACCCAGUUCAUUACCGAUGCUGGUGCCCAGUUGGUACAGUUGCCGGCCGUGGCCCCGGCCGGGUGCAGCUUCACCGACAACACGGAUGGGAGCAAGAUGAUGAGUUGUGAAAUCCCGGCUGGUGACGCAGCCUUCACGAGCUUCCUGGCCGAAGCGGAUGUCAUCAUCGACGAGUCCUCCCUGUGGCCCGACUACGACCCAGCAAAGUACCGGGGUUUCGCCACGAUCUACAACGUCACUGCCGACCAGGUUCCCGCUCUUGCGCGAAACCCACCGAACAUCUUCCGCCUUGACGGGCAUGUCAGCGAUGCAUUCUCGGAUGGGACCGUAGGCUCGGGUUGGUUUGACAUCCAGCAGUCAGAGCCUCAGCAAUUCCUCGCAGGGCUCAUGGAGGCGAUCUGGACCGAUGACUUCGUCAGCAGCUGCGGGCAGAAGUACCUGUGGCGUGUCUCGGACCUCAGCGCUCAGAAUGUGGUCGGUCACCAAAACUGCCCUCUGUACAGUGCCGGCCAAAACGAUUGUCAGUCUCUGCACGACCGCCUCCACACGCCCCCGAUGUGCAGCGGGACGACGACAACGCUUCAAUCGCAGGAGGCGAGUGCCGCGUGCGGAGUGGGAGGUUCGCUUGCUUUGGCUGCUUUGGUGUUCGCGCCCUUCUGGGCGGCAUUUUAG